CACGUACCUGUGAAUUCUUACAUUUAAGAGGACCUUUUUGGAUUCCUUCGAUUUGUUGAAAAAUGUCUGGGCAAGAACUCUCUCAUCCUCUCAUCAAGGACGGUUGGUUCCGUGAAAUCAACCAUAUGUGGCCUGGUCAAGCUAUGACCUUGCAAGUUAAGAAGGUUCUUUAUGCUGGCAAGUCCAAGUACCAAGAUGUUUUGGUUUUUGAGAGUGAAACCUAUGGUCGCGUUUUGGUUUUAGAUGGUGCUAUUCAAUGCACGGAGCGUGAUGAGUUUUCUUACCAAGAAAUGAUUGCUCAUUUAGCUCUCAAUUCCCAUCCCAGUCCUAAGAAGGUUCUUGUUAUUGGCGGUGGUGAUGGCGGUGUACUUCGUGAAGUCGUUAAGCAUGAUUGUAUAGAAGAGGCCGUUUUGUGUGACAUUGAUGAGGAUGUCCUUAAGGUUUCUAGGGAGCAUCUCCCCGAGAUGGCUGAAGGUCUCAAUCAUCCUAAGGUAAAGGUUCACAUUGGUGAUGGGUUCCAAUUUUUAAAGGAUUACAAAAAUACUUUUGAUGUUAUCAUUACCGAUUCUUCUGAUCCUGAUGGUCCUGCAGAAGCUCUUUUCCAAAAGCCCUAUUUUGAACUUCUUUCUGAUGCUCUCCGUGAUGGUGGUGUUAUCACUACUCAGGCUGAAUGUAUCUGGCUCCACCUUGGCGUUAUUGGUGAUGUCUUGAAGGCCGUUAAGUCUGCUUUCCCCAAUGUCCGUUAUGCCUACACAACCAUUCCUACUUACCCCUCUGGUCAAAUUGGUUUCGUUGUUGCUUCCAAGAAUCCAGUUAUUGACUUGAGUAGACCUGUUCGCAACUGGACUCCUGAGCAAGAAAUGAAGCUUUGCAGAUACUACAACAGCAAGCUCCAUUCCGCUGCCUUCGUUCUUCCCAACUUUGCUCGUGAGGUCGUUGAAAAGUCUCUUUCCGCCUAAUUUUUUCAUCUGUACGAGUUUUGCAAAAUAAUGUUUAGUUUAUUCCUUACUCAUGUUUUAUAGCUGAAAAAAAAAAAUAUUAUCUUCAAGUACAUUUUCAGGUA